CCGACUAUAUUACAGAUGUCAUAAGCAGGGGGAAACGGAAAUUCUUUUCACUGUUAGGCCUCGGUUCUCUGACAGGGGGUCUUAGUCCCCUCACUGCCAGUAGACUAUAUACUACGUAUUCCCUUAACACAAUGCUGUAUGGUUGCGCCGUUAUACAGUACACCCCACAGGAAGUAGAACGUCUUGAAAUAGUACACAGAGAGAUUGGUAGACGAGUUCAAAACCUACCGAAGGGGUCUGCCAACCCAAUAGCUACAACUCCAUUAGGUUUGAGUAAGAUAUCCAGGAAAAUAGAUAUAUAUAGGUUAAUGUUCUUCUGGGGAAUCUUGAGCUUACCUAUGAGUAAUAUUUAUAAAUGCGUUGCAAUCCACAGACUCGUUCAAAUAAUGAAUGGUGUUGGGCACUCUAUGUCACCUCUAGUUAGUAUGUGGAACACAGUUGUAAGGUACAAUAUGAGAGGUAGUGUUGUAAAAAUGUUAGGUACAGCGCAAUAUGGGUCGAAAUUCAGUUGGAGCAAAAAGGUAAAAAUGAUCGUCGGUAACUCUGAUUUACAGAGUUUAAGAAUCAUGUGCUCAUUAUAUAGUUCUUUGAAAUGGUAUUGUGAAUCUUUAACGACCACACCUACUUUAUGCCCUACUAUUUGGUGGAAAAUUUGUCAAGAAUUUCCAAUGAUGAAAAAAUCAUGCCAGCUCAUGUUACAUUUGCAAACCGGUUGUUUCAGAUUCUCCGAAUCGAUGUGUCCUUGUUGCAAUUCUUGUUAUGACACAAUUGAGCACUUCAUGUUGCAUUGUGAAGCACUUGCUGAUGUUAGAAGACCCUUGGCAAUAUUUUUCAAUGAAAUGCAUUUAAUGUCAAAUGACCAGAAAAUGAGAAUGUCUCUUGGGAUUCAAGUGUCAAUAGAUGACAUUGAUACGCUAGUUUUUAUCUCAGGAAUAGUAACUCAAAUGUAUACUAAGCGCAAUUCAUUGAUCUCAUACAAUGGCAUUUACUAGGCUAAUCACAUGUAGUGUGGUAUGAUAAUAUCAUUCUUGUAAAUGGUACUAUAUAAUAUAUGUAUUUUUAUACCUUUAUUCCUAAUUAUAUACUGUAUGCAAUGUAACUGUCUUUUUAUAAAAGAUGCAAAUAAAUUAUACAUACAUACAUACAU